AUGGAGGUCACUACCCUUGUUACCCACCGGGCCGAUGGCAUGCACGCGUACCACCUGGUACGGUGCGACAUGCCCGAGGCCGUGUACGAGAAGGACGCCACGGGCCACUAUUCCAUCCGCAUCCCCUUUGACAGAUGCGCUGCACAGAAUGGCACGCAUGUGUUCUACAUUGAGCUGCUGUGCUUCUCGUCGUGCCCGGGCGGGCUGAACCGGCGCCCCUUUGAGGUCACUGUCUCCCUCGAGCACAGCAGCCGCAUCCUUGGCUGCGACAGCAUCGACACGCGCGUGUGCGCGUGCCCCGGUCGUGAUCGUGGCGCUGCCGAGAAGCGGCUCAGGGGCGACAUUGGCAAGAAGCGCGGCAGGAAAAAGAAGAAGCCGCCGACAGAGCCGACAGUGUCGAUGCAGGACGACAACAAGAUCCACACGCUGCUGGUGCAAGGGCGCACCCACUACGCCAUCCUGCACCACCUUGUGGAAGGGCUGGACGCCACUGUGGCGUCGUCGUCGUCGCCGCCACCAUCGUCGUCGUCGUCGGCGGCGGCGGCCGUGUUGUCAUCGAGCGCUGCGCGGAACCAGGCGCCCUCAGCCGAUAAGCCGCUGAGUGAGGCGAGCUUCCCUGCAGGCAACGACGCCGAAGAAACUCCCGGUGGCGACACAGAGCCGGAGAGCGAGGCCGAUGAUGAUAACGACGAAGAAGAAGACGAGCAGCAGCAGCUCACCCCGAGGCAGCAGGUCAAGUACGCAUUUCUCAACUUGCGACUGCAAGAGGCGGUGCGGGCGUGGCUGAGCGCGCUGCGGCUGGAGGCGUAUGCGGACAUGUUCAUGUCCAAAGGGUACGACGAUUUGGACGUGGUGUGCGACCUGACACAGGAUGACUUGGACUGCCUUGGCAUUUCGCGGCCGGGCCACCGCAAGAAGCUCCUCCUCGCCGCACAGAAGCUCAAGUCCCUCCUCCACCAGGCACGUGCUGUGGAAGCUGUACCCGACCGACGACUGCACAAGACCCUGUCCAUCUCGCGAACGACAUACCGCCAGGCCCUCCCCUCUGCGGACUAG